AUGGGCGACUCCAACAAAGACCUCGAGGACCUCGCCCGCAGCACGACAGAAGACUACUACGACCUGCUCGGCGUGCCCUUCGACGCUGACGAGGCCGCCAUCAAACGCGCCUACCGCAAAGCCUCGAUCCGCUUCCACCCGGACAAGAACCCAGACAACAAAGAUGCCGCAGACACCUUCAUCGCCCUGGGAUGGGCGCGCGACAUCCUCAUCGACGCAAAGCUCAAGGCCGAAUACGACCGCGCCCGCACACGGCGGCGCCAAAAAGCGGCUCAGCAUGACCUGCUCACCGCCAAUCAGCGCAGGAUGAAGGAGGACCUCGAGCAGCGCGAGAGAGAGGCCGCCCGCCUAAAGAGGAAGAGAGCGGCAGAAGGGAGCGACGAGGCCAAGUGGGAGCAGAAAAUACAACGCCUGGCCGAAGAUGGGAGAAGACGGGUCAGAGAGAUGCAGGAGCGCAAGAAGAAGCUGCGGGAAGAAGACGAGGCUGCGGCCGCAGGGCCAGUCAAGCCGCCUGAGCUGCAGCCGCCAAAGCCAGGAGACUCGGCUGACGUCGACCGCACCGUCAAGAUUCGCUUCCAACGCCGCGGCCCCAUGGCAGCCUGGGACAAGGACACGAUGCGAAACAUGUUCGACAAGUACGGCAGCAUCGACAGCGUCAUCGUCUUCAAAGACAAGAAGCUAAAGCUCGAGGGAGAAAAGCACCGUCAGCUCGUAGCUACCGUCUUCGUCGUCUACAAGCGCCUAGAUCAUGCCUACACCGCCGUCUCAGACGCAAAGGAAGACUUCCCAGCUCUCGACUCGGUAGCUUGGGCGAGCGACGAGCCAGACCUUACGGCUCCCUUUGCCGGCCACGCCAAGAAGCCAAGCCUAGAGGAGUUCACUAUGAUGCGGCUCAAGAAGGCAGGAAAGCAGCAAAAAGAGCAGCUCAGGAAGCGCGAAGCGGACAUGGCCGGUGAAGCGGACAUGGCCGGUGAAGCGGCCUCCAAGGCCCCCGCACCUUCCGCCCCAUCCACGCCAGCAAUGUCUUUCCGCACGUCCUUUGCCUCCAGUCUGGGCUCCACACCCCGUAACAUCCCAAAGUUCUCCUUCUCUCCUAGGACACCAAGCUCGGAUGCCGUCACCAACGCACGCCUCAGGGAGCUGGAGAAGAAGCAGCGAGAGGAGGAGAUUAGGAAGCGCGAGGCUGCUGAGGAGGCCGCCGAGGCUGCGGGCGAGAGAGCAUCGUAG